CCUAAAAUUCAUUUGCCCAAGUUUUAGGGUUCUUAUGGCGGCGAUGGCGAUGGAGGUGGAUGCUGCCCCGGCGCCAGCGGCUGGAGAGCCGGAUCUACCUCCAAUGAAGGUGAAAUUCGAGCCGCUAUCAGCUCACGAGAUGCAGGGAGGGAAGGUCCAGUUUAGAAGAAUUGCGGUUCCUUCGCACAGGUACACGCCACUCAAGAAGCACUGGCUAGACAUUUACACGCCCGUGGUGGAGCAGAUGAAAAUCGACCUUCGGAUGAAUCUUAAGACUCGCAAAGUGGAACUCAAGACGAAGAGAGACACUCCAGACACAAGUGCCCUCCAAAAGAGCGCCGAUUUCAUCCACGCUUUCCUCCUGGGCUUCGACAUCGCCGACGCCAUCGCGCUCCUCCGCCUCGACGACUUAUACGUGGACUCGUUCGAGGUCAAGGACGUAAAGUCGCUCAAAGGCGACCACCUUUCGCGAGCAAUCGGCAGGCUCUCCGGCAAAGGCGGCAAGACAAAGUUCGCCAUCGAGAACUCGACACGAACAAGAAUAGUCAUCGCUGACUCGAGAAUUCACAUCCUGGGAGCGUUUGCCAACAUCAGAAUCGCCAGAGACGCGCUGUGCAGUCUCAUUUUGGGAUCCCCGGCAGGCAAAGUCUACUCCCGGCUUAGAACUAUAGGGAACCGGCUGGCCGAGAGAAGCUAGAACGCACAGCCAGGUCUUACCGAGCUCAAAUUCAGGGAAAAAGGAGAGAGAAGCUCUGGUACGUAGCUACCAUUUCAAUGCAUGCUUCUUGCGUUUGUUUUCGUGUUCUUUUUUUCUCGUAACGUCUUUUGCUCAUAACACGUACGCUGCAUGAUCGUGGCUUGAGCUA